AUGGAAAAAACACGCGUCGUCAUCGCAGGUGCAGGACCGGUGGGCUUGUUCACAGCCUUUCUUCUCGCCCGCCAAAAGAUCGAGUGCAUCAUCCUGGAGAGACGCCACAACGUAUCAGAACACCCGAAAGCCCACACCAUCAACCCGUCGACGCUUGAAAUCUUCCGCCAAGCUGGUUUGGAUGUGGCCUACAUCCGACAACAAGCAGCCAACCCAAAAGAUGCCGGACAUGUUCGGCUUGUCUACGGCCUAGUCGAUGCCGAGAUUGGCAGCUUCCCAUACGAACGUCAAGACGACGAGAUGCACAACUUGACGGCUGAGCCCUUGGUGAACUGGCCGCAGCCGCAGCUGGAGCGGCUGCUUGAAAAGGCUGUACUUGAGACGGGCCUCGCUCAAAUCAAGAGGGGGUGGCAGGUCGAUUCUGUCGACAUCACCGACACAGAGGAAGCUGGCUGUGUUGUCUCAUGUAGCACUUCCACUGAACGCGGAAACGACGGCAACACUAAGAGACACAGCAUCCAGGCUGAAUUCAUCAUCGGGGCCGACGGGGUAAACUCGACUGUGCGAGCAAAGACAGACGGCAUCGACUUCGAAUCCAUGGGACCAGGCCACGUCUACCAAUCCAUCGUCUGCAAAGGCAGUCUACGCGCCGCGCUCCCGCCGGGCCGCGAGGCCAUGCUCUACUUUUGUUUCCAUCCUGAGCACCCCAGCGAGUUUAUCGCACACAACCUUGACGACUCAUUUGUCCACGUUACGCCCGUCAUGGGCCCCGUGUCAGAGGUACCACCAAUCGAGGCCUGUCUCCCGGGUCUGCAGUACUCGGAGGUCCUCCGUACCACCUGGGAGACGGCACCACGCGUGGCAUCAUCGUAUAGCGACGCCAAACACCGCGUAUUCCUCGUGGGCGACGCCGCGCAUAGCUUGCCGCCUCAAGGUGGCCUGGGUCUCAACACGGGCAUCGCAGACGCACAUAACUUGGUAUGGAAGCUGGCUUCCGUUAUCAAUGGGAAGGGCACCGAAAACCUUCUUGGCAGCUUCACUCGCGAGCGUAGACCCGUCGCACUCGCGAAUCUCGAGUACUCCAAGGCCAGUGAGGCGGCUUUCUACUCCGUCAGUACCUCUCUCGUUGGCCUCGCUAUUCAAUUCCAAGAAGCAAAGGCACAAGAAGCUCCGGCAUUGGAUCUCACCAUGGAUGCGUUCCUCCAACGCCGCGCCGUUUCCGCUGCAGCGGGGGCAGCUGUCAAGGAGGCCAGUAGACACUUUGACUCACUUGCCCUCCAGCUUGGGUUCGUCUAUGAUGAGCCGUCAGUUACGAAAGCUUUGCUUGAUGAUCCGACGGUCUAUGUGCCGCAAGCUUGUCCUGGAGCGAGGCUGCCGCAUGCAAACACGACUGAUGGGCUGUCUCUCUUGGAUAUCGUGCCCUACGAUCGGUUUACCGUGCUACACUAUGCGAAUCCAGCAUUCGCAUCUUGCGACUGGGCUGUAGAUGUGGCAGGCCUCGGUUUACCCGAAAGCUGGUAUGGUGUCGUGCCGGUAAUCAAGGCGGGUAAAGGGAUCGUUGUGAGACCUGAUCACCGUGUGCUGGGGAAUGUAGAUAGUCCGGGGCAAGCAGAUAAUGCGGUUAAAGAGUAUCUGAAUCAUGGAAAAGUGUAA